GCGGGCGCGCCCCGAGACGCGUGACGUGUAUGCGUGCGUGCGCGCUCGCGAGCGGAAGGAAGAUGGCGGAUGUUUGGAGUGAGGAGCUUCAUGAGAGCAGCUGAUAAAGAGAAACACAAACAAACACCAGCGGAGAAGAAGAAGAAGAAGCAGCAGCGCGCCGGCGAGAGACGGACCGAGACACCGGCGGACAGAUCCGCAGACUGCGUCAUGUCCGGCUGCGCAGACGGUGAGGACAGCUGCGCGGUUGCCAUGGAGACGGAGGAGGUGCAGCCGGGCGUGCGCAGCAUGGGGGAGCUCCCCGAGGAGGUGCUGGAGUACAUCCUGUCCUUCCUGUCGCCCUACCAGGAGCACAAGACGGCCGCGCUGGUCUGCAAGCAGUGGUACCGCCUCAUCAAAGGACUGGCGUAUCAGUGUUAUCAUGGUUUCCUGAGGGCCGUUCAGGAGGGAAACAUCCAGUGGGAGAGUCGCACGUAUCCAUAUCCUGGAACACCGAUAACACAACGCUUCUCACACAGUGCGUGUUACUACGACUCGAAUCAGUCGAUGUACGUGUUCGGCGGCUGCACUCAGAGCAGCUGUAACGCAGCGUUUAACGAUCUGUGGCGUCUGGAUCUCAACAGCAAGGAGUGGAUCCGGCCGCUGGCGUCAGGCUCGUAUCCGUCUCCUAAAGCGGGAGCUACGCUGGUGAUGUACAGGGAUCUGCUGGUGCUGUUCGGCGGCUGGACGCGGCCCAGUCCUUACCCCCUGCACCAGCCCGAGCGCUUCUUCGACGAGAUACACACCUACUCGCCCUCCAAGAACUGGUGGAACUCCAUCGUGACGACUCACGGGCCGCCGCCGAUGGCGGGACACUCGUCCUCCGUGAUGGGCAGCACUAUGGUGGUGUUCGGAGGCUCUCUGGGCGCGCGGCAGAUGAGUAACGAGGUCUGGCUUCUGGAUCUGGAGCAGUGGUGCUGGUCCAAACCAGCCGUCAGCGGCCCGUGUCCUCACCCUCGCGGGGGACAGUCUCAGAUCGUGAUCGACAGCGAGACGCUGCUGAUUCUGGGCGGCUGCGGCGGGCCGAACGCUCUGCUGAAGGAUGCGUGGCUGCUGCACAUGAGCGCCUCCCCCUGGACGUGGCAGCAGCUGCGUGUGGAGAACGAGGAUCACGGCGCUCCGGAGCUCUGGUGUCAUCCGGCCUGCAAGGUGGGUCAGUGUGUGGUGGUGUUCUCUCAGGCUCCGUCAGGUCGAGCUCCUCUCAGCCCGAGUCUGAACUCUCGGCCCUCGCCCAUCAGCUCAACACCCGCCCCUCUGGGGCCGGACCCGCCCUCCCUGCGCUCACAGUCUCCGGUGCGCGGCGGCGCAGCAGGCGUUGUGCUCGAGGAGGCGCCCUGUGUGAACGGCCGCUGGGGGACCCUGCGUCCGAGAGCGUCGGCCCGAGCAUCAUCGCCCUCGCGGGGCCCCGACAGCCCGCCGCUGCUCAACGGCUCCUCGCCCUCCACCAGCCCAGUGCAGGCGGCGUCUCCACCCACUCGCCCGCAGGUGGAGUACAGCUGGGACAGCUCGCCCGCUGCCGAGUUGCCUGCUUCUAACGGGCUGCACACGCCUCCGCAGGCCGGGUCACCGUGCACCCCUCCGGGGGCUGUUUCUCCCGCCGCCCUGCGCCGUAGUCUGGAGGCCGUCAAAGCUUCCUCCUCACUGCCGUCCUCUUCCUCGCUGUCCCAGCCGGGGGCGUCCACCGGCACAUCGCCCGCCUCCUCCAGCCCCCCGCAGGCCGCCGACGGACCGCCCAUCCCACCCAUCGCCCGCCGCCUCGCCCACCACCCGCCGCAGAGCCUGAACGUGGGCAAGCCGCUGUACCAGUCGCUCAACUGCAAGCCCAUGCAGAUGUACCUGCUGGACAUUUCUCGUGCCAAGUCGGGCGGCGUGGUGUCGUGGCGGGCGUACGGGAGCGGCGGAGCACCCAGCGCCAUCACCGGGCCGCCCGAGACCAGCCUGCACACGGUGGUUCAGGGCCGCGGCGAGCUCAUCAUCUUCGGCGGCCUGAUGGACAAAAAGCAGAACGUGAAGUAUUACCCCAAGACCAACGCCUUGUACUUCGUCCGCGCCAAGAGGUAGUGGAGGAACCACAACGACUGCUGCCCUUACACUAACUUACCUUAAUACAGCGCACACAUAUAAAGGACACUCAACAUAGAUGUGCUUUCAGUUUCUGAGCGAGCGGAUGAUGUGCUCUGUGAGAGAGAACUCGAGAAGGGAAUGUUUUAUUGUUUCUGUCGCAUUUCACCCUCAGAAACGCUGAGCUGACAAAAGGAAACGAUUUUCAGAGGAACUGAUGAAAUUGACCUUUUUUACCGCUCUUUCAGCCUGCAAUGUUUACAUUAAACGUGUGUGAGAGUGUGUGUGUGUGUGAGGGAAUGAGACUGUGGAUUGUAAACAGAAAUAAAGUUCUUCAUGUCUUAAUUCACUGA